UGUGUGUGUGCGUGUGCGUGUGUGUGUGUGCGUGUGUGUGCGAAGGGAAAAUGAGGUUUCUCAGUCUGAAGGUUUUCUGCGCCGCGGCGAUGUGUGUGUUGUGUUUCGGCCAGCGGGUCUUUUUCCAAUGUGGGGCGAAGUUGGACAUUUCAGACGUUCAGGGUCUCGUUCUUUCUCCUGGUUUUCCUGAUAACUACUCGUCCGGCUCGCACUGCGUCUGGCAGUUUUUUGUUCCCGCCGGUCAUCAGUUGACGAUGGAAAUGUUUGAUUUUGAUGUUUUUGAGAGUUCCGAGAGCAGCUUGAACAGAGCAGCAGAUGUGACCACAAGUGAAGAUGAAGACCAGCUCCUUAAUAAAGGCCUAAUCAGGAGUCAACCUGUGCUUCAGAAACAGUCCACAAAUAUAAUGGAAAUCGGAGAAGGAUCCAACAAAAUGGUGUGGAACACGGCGCAGCGGGUCUGUGAUCUUCCAGAACCUCAGAUAUCAGAUAACGGGCAGGAAAAUGCACAAAACUCCAUGUUUCCUUCAUCUGUGGAGGACAACACCGAGGUCCACCUGCCUCCUUCCAGCCCACCAUCAAACAUCAUUGAGAACGAAUCAGAGUCCCUGCAGCCGGUGAAGGACGUGUGUCCUGACGACGUCCUGUACAUCACGGACCUGAUCACGUUUUCUUCACGGUUCUGUGGAUCCAAGCGUCCGUCUGAUGAUCGGCUGGUGUUCGGGUCUGACGUCGAGAUGGUUGAAGUGAUAAUGGAGCUCAUCACGAACACGCACUGGGGUCGAGGGUUUGCUCUGAUAUUCCGUUAUCACAAUCGAACAGCCGAAGCAGCCGUCGAGGUCGGGGGUCAGAGGUCAUUGGCUCCCUCUGUUGGUGCAGUAGAAGCGCUGCUUGUUGCUGUUAGCCUUGUUGCUUUAUUGGCUUUGAGUCUUAUGAUCGUUCUGUGUGUGACUCUGAGACCAAAACUGUGUGUGAAAGAAUCCAACAUGACAUCAUCCAUCACCUCGGAGAUCCCAGGUCAGAACCUGCACACUGAUGACAGUGAACUUCAGCUGGUAACAGCAAACCACUCUGAACAAGAACUCAACAAACACAAAACCUUACCCAACCCAGGUAACGCCCCAGUAUGCCAAAGUUCCCAAAAUGUUGUGCUGGAGUGUUCUGAUGGUCUGAUGGAGAUGGAAUUGGGAGCAGAUGAAGUAUUUGUUAUCUCAAACACAACCACACCAUCGUUUUCUACUUGCAUGCAGCAUGAACGUUUUCUGCGACGCAGUGACACAGGAUCUGUGCAGCCGUCUGAUUGGAUGCCUCGCAGCGAGCCCUCUAAUUGGCCAAGUCGUGGCAGCCAUGUUGGAUCAGCGCGUCCCCGAGCGUGGAGCGUCCGAACCUUCCAUGACUUCCUUCUUCCUCUUCCUCAAUUAAACAGGAAGUGGUGCAGCUGGAAUUUAACGAGCCCCUUCACCAAACUAGUGGACACUGUUUCUCCAGGGUCUGAUGGUGUGAAGUUUCCUUCAGCUCCGAAUCAGCAGCACUACAGCAGUUCACGGUCUCACACGUCUGAGCAGCUCCGUGAGCCUGAUGCCGCCCUCUGUGGCCUGGAGCAGGGAGUGGAGGUGAAAAUCUGCAGGUUCUCUGCUGCUGAUGAUGAUGAUGAUAAUCUCACCAUUCCUGUGUUCGCCAUUUCAGAAGAAGACGAUCGAGAACCUCUCGUUUCAACCGAACAUCAAAACCAAGUGAAAAACUGCGAGACCGGGAAUUGCGAGUCCUUCCCUACAUUAGGCUCCACCCACUUUACGGAGGAGGAGUUAGCUGUUUCGAAAAACAGCAGUAAGAUCCAGCUUCCCUCACUGAGCCAUGUGACCGUCCCAUGCGACUCUGUGGGGAAGGACAUAUGAUUGACUCGACCGCACAUCAUCAUAACCAACAGCGUCUGUUGUACACAAUAUUUUGCGAGUAGCUCGGUACGUUUAGAGGAACAGUGCGACCGAAACCGUGAAAUGUUUGUGUGCAGUGUCCUGAUAUUGUCUCAUCAUCUGAGUAAAACAUGGCCGAAGUUUGAAUCUAAUUUAUUGUAAUGCUGUACUAAAUGUGUAAUGUGUAUAAUGCUGUAUUUACACAAACACUUUAAACUGGAACUGUUUACAAAGCAGGAACUUUGAGGUUUAUAGUUGAAGUUGUCCAAGACGACGACCUCCAAAGUGUUCCAGUGUCUGAGAUAUAGAGGAAAAAACUGCAUAGAAUCAAGGUCUGUUUGCUUCGAGUGAUUCAGAGCUGCAGAUUUAAACGAUUCAAAUGGUUUGUUGUGAUUCUUAAUUAUAUUUGAAUCUUAUAUUAUUGAACUUUAGAAUUUAAUAGGGCAAUAUGCGUUUUGUGUGUGUGUGAUUGUGUGUGUGUGCAUGUACAUGUGUAUGUGUGAGUGAGUGUGUGUGUGCGUGUGAGUGCAUGUGUGAGUGCGUGUGUGUGUGUGUCGUGUGUCUGUGUCGUGUGAGUGCAUGCGUGUGUGAGUGCGUGUGUGUGAGUGCGUGCGAGUGCGUGUGUGCGAGUGCGUGUGUGUGAGUGCGUGUGUGUGAGUGCAUGUGUGUGCGUGUGUGUGAGUGCGUACGUGUGAGUGCGUACGUGUGAGUGCGUACGUGUGUGUGAGUGCGUGUGUGUGAGUGCGUGUGUGUGUGAGUGCGUACGUGUGAGUGCGUGUGCGCGUGUGUGUGAGUGCAUGUGUGUGAGUGCGUGUGUGAGUGCAUGUGUGUGAGUGCGUGUGUGUGAGUGCGUGUGUGUGAGUGCGUGUGUGUGUGAGUGCAUGUGUGUGCGUGUGUGUGUGUGAGUGCGUGAGUGUUUUUCAGUGUGUGUCAGUGAGACGUGUCAGCUGAUAGAUUUGUACAUUAAUACAGUUGUUUCUUUACGUAACAAGGCACAUUUUUGAUAUUUAAAAAUAUGUAAAUAUGUUGUGGACUGAUUCAGAUGUUAUUCUAUAAUUCCAGCACAGAUAGUUCUAUGGUUAUAUAUUGUGUGUUGUGUAAUAUUAGUGUUAUAAUACACACUUCACUGCUGGUGUUUUGUUCCUUCACUGGAUUUAUUAAUGCUGCUAAAUCUUUCACUCUGUUGUGCUUUAAAGGGGAAAAUGAUUACUGAUGAAAAAAGGAUGAAAAGAAUAAAUGCAGAAACUAACAAAUCAGUAGAAAUAAAAUAUUACGUACAGUACAA